CGCCCUCACUACAAAGAUGGCGGCUUCCAGUUUUGGACGUGCUGCCGUGUUUUGUGGUGUUUUCGUCCUUGUUUUGGUGCACCUUGCAGGAGCUGUGGGGGAAGACAGUUUUCAAGAGGAGCUGUAUUUUAAACCUCUUUCAAGUGGCCAUGUUUAUGCACAUUUUCAGUUUACAACUACCUGGAAUGUUAGCCUCAAAGAUGAAAUGUCCCAUUACAACCUGUUCCCCAAGACACUUGGUCAGGUGAUCUCCAAGUACUCCGUUCAGGAGCUCCAUCUGUCGUUAACACACGGCCUAUGGAGACAUGAGAAAUGGGGAUACCCUGUCAAGUCAGCUCCUCCUGGGGCACAACUCUGGGUGUGGUUUAAACCCUCAACUCCAAGUGUGGAUGAGGCUUGGAAAGGGUUUAUCAACGCGCUGUCAGGAUUAUUCUGUGCUUCGCUCAACUUUGUUGAUGACACUAACACCGCAAAGCCACAGUUCUCAUUCAAGCCCAGUGGGGUGGCUUCAGAGUCCUACGCCAAGAACCCGGCCAACAUGCGCUACGCUACACUCCCAAGAGAGAUUGUGUGUACUGAGAACCUAACCCCAUGGAAGAAACUUCUGCCUUGUGAUUCAAAGGCCGGCCUGUCCACCCUCUUCCAUGCGGGCAAUCUCUACAACGCCAACUACCACUCCCUAGCAGUUGACCUCCGACCUGUAUGUGAUGAUUACCCAGCAUGCACUAGGACUGCCCUAGAGCUCAGCCAAUCCCUGGCAGCCGUGUUCAACCCACCGGCGGGCAACAACGGCAGGCAGGACUGGACGCUCCGGAGUUUAUUCGAGCGCCCUCUGAGUAAUACGUGCCCCAUGGCAGAUGCUAGCAAGGUCUACGUGGAUAUUACUGAUAAGGAUGAUUCUAACAGCUGGUUGCUGACUCCAGACUACGCAACAGUUACGAACAAGAGAGGGCACACUUACGCCGUUUACGAUUUGAAGUCCCUAACCAAGGAGCACAGAAUCAACGUUGCUAUGAAGUGGACUGAUGACGUGCAAUAUUCUCCCAUUCAACCUCCUCAUCUUCAGGUCCAUCGUUUCCUCUCCGGUUACGGUCAAGAGAGAGGUGGUAUCAAGUGUCAAUUACUCAACAAUCAUCCAACGGAAUCGCUGCGAGUGGUUUACAUGGAGAAAGUGCCUUGGUUCAUCAGGUUGUACCUUCAUACGCUCAAAGUGGAAAACAAUGUCCGGUUCAUCAGACCAGAGAAGCAGUUGUAUACUCCUGGGAACGACCGCUCCAACCCCUACCUCUUAGAGCUUGUCCUAACCCUUCCUCCUAAAUCAGUCACGAUGCUCAGUAUACAGUUUGACAAAGCUUUCUUAAAGUGGACCGAGUACCCGCCGGACGCAAAUAUUGGCUUCCAUAUCAGCUCUGCCGUUGUGUCAGCUUUUAUGCCAUCCUAUAAUAACAUCACAUCGACAGAGCCUCACAGUGCCACAAUGAUCACUAGCGUUGCAGACCCAAGCCCAGGCAGGGCAUUCUUGCGUGUGUACACAGAGCCACUUCUGAUCCAGCUCCCCGUUCCAGACUUCAGCAUGCCCUACAAUGUCAUCUGUCUCACCUGUACCGUAGUGGCCAUCGGAUUCGGGUCUCUGCACAAUCUCACCACCAGGCGCUUUGUUUUCUUGCCCAAUGAGGCGAGUGGGGGCAUCAAGGCCAAAGUUCUCAAAUUUCUUGGGUUGAGUCGAAAGAAGGAGACCGCUGAUAAGGAUUUAGCAGUUGAUGACCCAGCCAGGGUUGAGGAUGUAUUGGACUCUAAAACAGCUAAAAGCUGAUGUUGUCUAUUUUGGGCUUGAAUCUCAUGAACAUUUCUACUUGUACCUUUAAAGGGAAGGUACACACAGUUAGUAAUCACAUAAAACUAAUUGGAAGCCUACCAAGUUUUUGACUCCCAUAAAUGGCCGACCGUGUUAGUUCACAAAGGAAAAGGAAAACCAUGCAAUUUUAAGGCCA